AUGGACCCAAAUCCUCGGGCAUCCCUGGAGCGUCAGCAGCUCCGUUUGCGGGAGCGGCAGAAAUUCUUUGAGGACAUUUUACAGCCAGAGACAGAGUUUGUCUUCCCUCUGUCCCAUCUACAUCUCGAGGCACAGAGACCCCCCAUAGGUAGUAUUUCCUCCAUGGAAGUGAAUGUGGACACACUGGAGCAAGUGGAACUUAUUGACCUUGGGGACCAGGACGGAGCAGACGUGUUCUUGCCUUGUGAAGAUCCUCCAUCAACCCCCCAGACAUCGGGGGUGGACGACCAUCCAGAGGAGCUGCGCCUGCCGAUGCACACGCCAGACAGGACCACAUCCCGCACUUCCUCCUCAUCUUCUGACUCCUCCACCAACCUGCACAGCCCAAAUCCCAGUGUCAGCGGAGCAGACACACCCUUGGCACAGUCUGACGAAGAGGAUGGGGAUGAGGGAGGGGCAGAGCCUGGAGCCUCCAGCUAGCAGUGGGGCCCGACCUAUGGACUGACUGAGCUGGCUAUUCUCCACCUGAGACCCUAGGCCCAGCCAGAGCUCUUCCGGGAAGACCAGACUCUACUUGUAGUAGGCACCAGAGGGAGGAAAGAAAGGUGGGAUGGUGUCUCUCCUUGGGAGUUAACUCUCUGUUGUUUUACUGCUAACCUUUUCCUGCUGCAACGUUCCCACUAGUGCUUGGCUUACUCCUGAGGUAGAGCUUGCAAACAACGAGAUGGAGAUGAGGUAGGACAAGAUGCCAUUGCUUUCCUUAGCACUCCUUCUCCCCCAAACUACCCUGGCAGUCUUCUAACAGAGUCUCCUACACCAGUGUCUCUAAAUGGACAUGAACUCUUUAGCACUCAAGUGAGGUGGUACUCCAGCCAUCCUCCUUCCUUAUGUCCUUUUUUUUUUUGGAAUAGGGCAUGGUAUAAAUAAUAAACAAAUGAUAAUAUA